AUGUACGCCGUUCCGCCUGCGACGCCAGAGUCGCCGCAAAGCGACAAGGCGAGGCGCUUCUACAGUCGCUUCUAUGUGGAGGGGUUGGACACGAUGCGCACGCCUGAGUCGCCAGAGACACCAGUAAGUGAGGUGACCGAUCCGUUCUUUGCGUCGCCGACGAGAAUGACGGGGGCCAAAAUUCAGAAAGACGACUUUUAUAUAAAGCGGCCACAGAGGAAUAUUCAAAGCGAAUGGUUUGAAGAGAGCACGAUAGCCGCGCACGAGACCCCCGAUGGUUCGGUGUUUGUAGCUCCAGCCAGCGACCUGACUGAAAAUGUGGCAUUGGAAGAAGAAAAGGAAACGAAUCAGGUUUCAGAAGAACCUCUACCGGUGGUUUCGGCCAGAAAUCAGAAUGACGAAGGUGUAGAUGUGGUCGCACGACAAUCGACACGAGGUUCAUUACCAAAUCCUGACAAUGGAGAAAACUUGUCUUCUCGAGACGCAGAAGGUGAACGCGCAUACGAAACGAAACAAUCGUCCGAUAUUUCUGAGCAUAGUGAGGCCAAGACGGCUGGCCACGGGAACGCACCGACCACUGUCACGACAUCAGACGACCACUCGCGUGAGCCGCUGGAUGUGCUUGAGGACUUGCCCACCAUCACACAAAUAUCACACUGGGACCAUUUAGCACGGCUCCAAGCAUGGGACGAUGUGCAACAGACAUCUACACUACUCGCCGUAUACCUGGCGGCGUGGACGUUCGACCUGCUUCUGCCCACCUUUAUUUUGUCGACAGCGACAAUUAUCAUGUCCCCCUCCUUACGGGAUGCAUAUUUCCCAAGAACGCCCCGAAAAUUUGCGACGAAUAAUAACGGGUCGGUGACAACGACAGCCAAGAUAAACGAACAUCGACGGCCUCCUAAAGGGGUCACAGAGAGCGCCAUAAGCUCGGCGCUCAGGUUUGCCCGGACUUCCAGCGCCACAAGCGCCCAGAAACUCACCACUCUAGCCUCUCUAGGACUAUUUGCGCUGCUCCUCUCUCGGUGUGUAACGGCGUAUGUCAUUUACAAAACGGCAAGCGCCUUCUUUGGCGUCGUCUUUUUCUUUAGCGAGCCAGCCUGGCAAAGGCUGCACGGCGCUACAAUUACAGGAAGCGAUGCGUCGGGCGAAGAAUGCCCACAAGAUCCCGAUGAUCCAUGUGAAACAGAGGGCGCAGGAAGCGAGGCAGCAGAAAUUAGUUCGCACACUACGCAAUGA